AUUGUACAGUAGUUUCAUAAAAUUUUAGACUUCAGCUGGGGCGCUCUGUGUGGUCUCUUUAAAGCUAAGAAAGUAAACUUAUUAGAAAGGGUUCUAAGGAGAGUCGGAGGGGAAUUGCAAGGGAAGUUGUGAGAACUCUUUUAAGAUACCACUUGAGAAUGGUGAGGCAGCAUCGAAAUAAAGCAUUGAAUAAAAUUUUAUCGAAGACGUCUAAAAUGCUUUUGAACGAAAAAAAUUUUAAAACUGUUCAUUUGCGAUCAGGGCUAUUGCUGAAAUUCAUCGCUUAUGGCUGAGAACUGUACAAACUUACCCAGAAAGACAGUUCAGAAUCAUCAUAUACCCACACAUUUGUUAAAUGAUUUAAGCAGUCGAUUCAUCAUCAAUGUUCCGGAAGAAGAACGUGUGGAUCUCAUCAGAGUUUGCUUUCAAAUAGAGUUAGCUCAUUGGUUUUAUUUAGACUUUUAUUGUGAAGAAGAUGGAAGGCUGCCAAAGUGUGCUCUUAAAGAUUUCAUUCGUAUAAUAAUUCGACACAUACCAUUUCUCCAAAAGUAUGCUUCACAAGUUGAUUCAAUAAUUGCUGACUGGAGGGAAUAUAAAAGAGCAGUUCCUACUUUUGGUGCAGUUUUACUUGAUCAAGGUCUUCAAAAUGUUUUAUUAGUUCAGAGCUACGUUGCCAAAGCUAGCUGGGGCUUUCCAAAAGGAAAAGUGAAUAAAGAUGAACUACCCCAACAUUGUGCAAUUAGAGAAGUCCUUGAAGAAACUGGAUUCGAUAUUACAAACUUCAUUAAAAAUGAAGAUUAUCUGGAACAUUAUUUCAAUGAGCAAUUAAUUAGAUUGUAUAUUGUAACAGGAAUUCCGAAAAAUGCUAAAUUUCAUCCUAAAACAAGAAAAGAAAUAAAGAGCAUUGAGUGGUUUCCUCUUAAUCAGUUACCAACUGGCAGGAAGGAUCAAGAACCAAAAAACAACUUAGGAUCUAAUAACUUUUUCAUGGUUACACCAUUUGUUAAACCUUUGAAAAAGUGGAUUGCUUCGAAGCAAAGCACUCCUGAAAAAAUAGAACCUAGUUUUGAAAAUAUGUCAGAAGCAGAAAAGCAUGUUUUAAAGCAACAGCAACUGUUUUCUCAAUUAACGAAGAAUGAAAUGGCCAAAUACAUUGAUUUUAAGAAUCAUUCUUCACCUGAGUACAAAAUUAAUCAUCCUAACUAUUCAAAAUCUAACUAUUCUCCUCCACCAAGAAUGAUGCGGCAAAGAAAUUUAAAGCAGAAUAGUGAAAAUGAAAGGAAACAGAACGUCCAUCAAAGCCCUGUCAAAGGUGAUAAGUCUCUUGCAAAAUACUCUUCAAAUUUAUACGAAGGCACAGUAUUACAAGAAGAAGACAGGAAUCUUAAAGUCUUAAGAAAAGAUGGAUUAGGUAGCUUUUUUUCUGAAACCUGGGCAAAAUUUUCUUUAGACAAAGAAGCUCUCAGUGCAACCUUCAACAUUAAUUUGAGACAAAAACAGAUUAUUGCAAAAUAGUUUUUUAUUUGGAGAAUGUUCAAGAAUUACUUCUAUAUGAAGUUGUUUUAUCCAUUCUACAUGGUCCAUUGUCAAGAUUCAUCAAAGGAUAUUCAAGAUCUCAUCCCAAAGCUGCUAAAAUGUGUGCAUUAAUCAUUAUAUGUCUGAAUUAUUCAUACAAUUUUAUACGUGUUACUUCUGCACAAUGUGUUUAAAAUUUAUUCUUAAAUUGUACAUUUUAGUUGUAUAAAAUCUUUA